AUGGCGACAGCAGCUUAUUCAACACAUCCCGACAAUGCAUAUGCCGGCUUUGGCUCCGAAGCAGAUCCUUACAAUACAAAUAAUCCGGGUACAUAUGAUACUGGCUUUGGACCAAUCGCUUCAAACGACUAUGAAUAUCCACCUGAUGCUUAUGAUAAUGACUAUCCUAAUGGUCAACAACAGCAACCAUUUUACACAAAUGACUAUCAACAGGCUCCACAUACAAAUGAGGACUACGAUACGCGACAACCUCAACAUAAUCCAAUGAAUACAUAUAAUCAACAGCCUCAAAACGGCUACCCAAAUGCAUACACACAGCCACCUCAGAAUGGAUAUCCGAACUCAUAUAACCAGCAACCUCAAGCCAAUCCACCUAACACACAUGGACAACAAUCUCAAAACACUUAUCCAAAUCCAUAUGCUCAACAACCACCUGCUCAUAACCAAUAUCAACAACAACCAUAUCACCAGUCGAAGCAGCAACAGCAAUCUUUGUAUCCAAAUGAAUAUGGCCAACCUCCCUAUUCUAAUGGUCAGCAUCCCAUGCAACAAACUCAGGAUAUCCCUCCAAAUGCCCACCCACAACAACAACAGCAGCAGCAGCAACAGCAGCCCUAUUAUCCAAAUCAAUAUGAUCAAUCUCCAUACGAUAAUGAAGAUUAUCCCCCACAACAACCUCCAAAUCAUGUUGGACAGCAACAACUACCACCACCGCCACCAUCACAUAGUCAACAACAUCAGCAGCCGCAACAAUUCAAUAGUUUCCCGAACCAACAAGCACAUCAAAUGCAUCAACGACCGGUGCUAAACAACUCUGACCAUAAUGAUGGUUUUAACGAUAUGAAUCCGAUGCAACCACCCUAUAACCAACAUACAAACAAUCAAUACGCAGAUUCAAGAAGUCAUCAACAAACAUUCGUGGCCAAUACACAACGGCAUCCAUCGAGUCCAGUCGACCAACAAUCUCGACCACAUUUCUCUCAAUCUGAACAUCUGCCAAAUAAUCGUCCGCCUAAACAAGAUCAACCGCCAUCACAACAACAACGGUAUAAUCCACCACCUCCCUCACCACCCGAAUCCGAUCAUCAAAUUUCUAAACCUCGUAUAUCUGUUGCUUCGAUUCACCGUCCUUCAGUAGUAAAUGAUACUACUAACUAUCAAUUUGAGCCAAUCGCCAAACCAAACAAUAGUCGACAAGAAACUAAAAAUUCGAAAACAAAUGAUCUUCGAGAUCAAACGCAUAAGACAAAAGCCGAUACACGUGAUAAUAAGUCAAAUGGAACGAAAUCGAAAUCACAGAAUGCAAGUUCUCAAACGGAGAUACGAAGCGAUUCAGACAAAGUUAAACAGAAUAAAAAACAACCACCAACGAAGAAGAAUAGAGACAAUGAUUCUCUCAGUGACGACGACCGACGUGAUCGUGAUAAAUCAAAUCGAAAUAAGAAGCCGUCGAAAUCACAUAAGAAUCAUCGUGAUAAUUAUCGCUCGGACGAUGAUUAUAGCAGCGAUGAAAAUGAUGGAUGUCGGCGAUGUCGUUCGCGAAAACAAACAACAUAUUCGGACACGCAUCUCGAUAGAAAUACUCGUCUUCCGCCGCUUCGUCGCCUGGGAAAAUCAUCGCAGUAUGAUUCUCGUCCUGAUCAUCGAUCACCUGCGAAACUUACAUCCCAACGACGCUUUUCACAAUUCGACGAUUCCCUCUCAUUCGGAUUGCAGUCUAGUCGACGCAGUCGUCAUCAGAUGGGAAGAGAUGCAAGUAAUCAUCGUGCUCCUCGUCGUGAUGCUCCCGAGUCAUUGUACGAUCGCGAUCAACGUAAUGGAAAGCCUAGACGUAAUCAAACAGAUCAAAAACGUAGUACUGAUCGACGUGAUCAUGGUCGAAGAGACGAUCAUAAGACUCAACGCUCUCAACUAGGUCCACUUCGAAGCACUCGAAAUGAUCGUAAGCAUCGUGGUACAUGCGAUAAAUGUGGAAGAUCAUCACCGGAGUCAGACGAUUAUUCUUCGGUAUUGGAGGGAAGAGGACGUAUAAGACCCAAUGAAAUUCCUUUUUCGCAUCCGCCGAUACGAUCAGAUACUUACGUAGAAACUGAACGGAUACGUGCAGUACGUGAUGCUCAAGGCUAUUACAUUCCGUACAAACCAUAUACUCUGAAAGAAUACAAUCAAUUGAAGAAAUCAUUGCUCUCUAAUCCAUAUUCGAAACCUGAUCAACCUCCUCCAACCGAUCGAAAAGAACUUGUGAAGAAAGGUCAAGAAUAUGGCACAUUUAUUGAAAAACAAGUCAUCGAUAGUUUUGAACCACGCCAGUCUCUAUUGAAAGAAAAUCAACCUGUUAAACCAUGGCAUGGAGGCAUCAGCACGUUACCUGAUCCUGAAGACGCCGCUAAAAGAGAACGAGCUAUUGAAUACGCGAAAAUUCAAGUGAGAAAAUAUCAAGAAAUAGGCACGACACGUACCCGUUCUCAUAAGUCCGCACCCGAUCAUUAUGCCGUCAAACCUUUGCCGAGAAUGAAUGAAUGGAACAAGCGAACUAAUCAAGUGCCCAAUGAUGAUGAUGAUGAUGAUGAUGACGACUAG